AUUUUUUACUAGCACAUGGAAAGUUCCGAUUCUAAUGUUGACAUUGAAGACCUACAAAGACGGUUUUUAGAAUGUCCAGUUUGUUUCAAUCUAUUCAAUAACAACGACCGACAUCCACGUGUAUUACCAUGCCUUCAUUCAUAUUGUUAUGUCUGUUUGCAACAAUUGAUACAAGAAUCACAAUUCAACUGUCCGCUUUGUAAAUCUGACUUCUACGUCAACAAUAUUAACGUUGAUUUAUUUCCCAAAGAUAAUACAAGAAGGGAUCUGUUGGAUUUUGUCCGUGCUGGUGGCGACACAUCUGUUAUUCAAUGUGAAGAAUGCCGCAACGACAGAGCAAUUUCGCGUUGUAAGGAUUGCCACAAAUUUAUAUGUAGAACGUGCUGUACAGCUCACGAAACAAUGCAAACAUUCCAUGGUCAUUCAGUAUUUGGCUUAGAUGAUUUUCAAUUAUCAAUGGAUCAAGUACCAAAAUUUAGACAUUCAUUAAUGUGCAAAAAACACCCAAAAUAUGAACUUAAUUUUUUUUGCGACGGUCCCGAAUGCCAAAAACCUAUAUGCCUUACGUGUUGCUUGUGUUUUCAUACAAAUAGACCAGAAAAUAACCAGAAUCAUAUCACAAGAGAAAUUGAGGCGGUAUAUCACGAAAAAGUUGAGAAGAUGCAAAAUAAAAAAGUCAAAAUAAAUAAAACAGAACAAGAAUUAGUUGUACUUUCAAAAAAUAUCAAUGAACAAAUAGACAAGCUUGCAUUAAACAAUGAGAACAUAACACAAGAAAUUGAAGCAAUUUUCGGAGUAGCUGCUGACAUGCUCCAACGUCGGAAAGAUGCCUUAAUAGCAACUGCAGAAAAGCUGAAAACGGAUAAAGAAACUCUUCUGAUUAAACAAGAAAUAGAGGUUAAAAGUUCCAUAUCAACCAUUAGAGAUGCAUGCACUUUUAUCGAUCAAACCAUCGCUUCAGAAAAUCAACCAGCUUUUAUACUUCUUUCAGAAACCAUUUCAGACCGAUUAGGCUACCUACAAGAUACACACUAUGACAAACAACCACGUGACAGUAACCUGAUUUUGUUCAGCAAAACAAAUUUAGGAGCUGACUUUCAACGAUUUGUAGAUUCAGUUGGGAACAUUUCUUCUUCUGUGGCAUAUGGCCCAAACACAAAACUGACAUACCCAUUAGAGAUUGAGAAAGGAAAAGAAUUUGAGAUGAUGAUUGAGUUCUUUAAUUAUGAUAAUGGACAAAUAGAAGAUGAAAUGACAGUUACUGCUAUCUUUUUCGAAACGCCGGAAUCGUCUUUGACAUCUAUUGGAGAAUUGUCUUUUUCUCAUAGAGGAAACGGAAAAUACCAAACAUCUUCAAUAAUAACGGAUACGAGUAUAACAAAACUUACAAAAAUGAUUGUACAGACGAAUAGUGAAGAUUUCUAUACAGUUGAUUUAGAGAUUGCAGUUUCCAAAGGUUUAGAAGAAGAUUACGCAAAGGAUCUUAUAUAUUAA